CCACUGGGACCCCGCCGUCGCUUCUCGCCUCGCCCCUUCUCCGCUGCCUCCUGGUGCCAAAAUGGCUGGAAGUAGCGCCGGUGCCCGGAACAAUAUCCCGGAUUAUGAGACUGUGGAGCUGAACACUCGGGCGUUCCACGUGGGCGCAUUUGGGGCUCUGUGGAAAGAGGCGCUGCGCAAGGAAGAUGUGUCUCUCCAGCAGGCAGAACCUGCCGACGACGAGGCGGCGGUGACUGAGGAUUUUCUCUGCACGCCGGAGAUCGCGGCAGAGCUGAGGACUGUGUGCAGCAUUGCUUCGCUGAAGAGUUCUGAUAAAGAAGAUUCAGAAGUGAUACCUGAAGAUACCAACUUAAUAACUCUUAAAAUUCGGCAGAAGGCUCUAGAGAGGCGAGAAGAAACCAUCAUUGUUGACCGUGCAUGUAGACAAGAAACUUUUAUUCACGAGAUGGAAUCCCAUGCAAUUGGAAAGAGGCCAAAAGAUCCAGGGAAUCUAAUUGAUGAAACGGAGCUUGUUUUAACUCUCAAUAUUUUUUAUCCAGUUAUAUUUCAAAAGCAUAAGCUCCGAAAGCCGUAUCAGACGCUGUUGGUCCUAGGGACCCAAAAACUUACCGAGCUCCGAGAUCGCAUUUCCUGUGUUAGUGACCUUCAGAUUGGUGGGGAGUUCAGCAAUCACCCUGAUCAGGCCCCAGAAAAUAUCAGCAAGGAUCUCUAUAAAUCUGCCUUCUUUUAUUUUGAAGGUGUUUUUUAUAAUGACAGCAGGUAUGCUGAAUGCAGAGACUUGAGCAGGACAAUUAUUGAGUGGGCAGAAUCCCGUGACCGAGGUUAUGGAAAUCUUCAGGCUGCUAAAAUGGAAGACUAUACCUUUAAUGAUUUGAACAUAAAAAUAGGUUUCCCAUACCUUUAUUGUCAUCAAGGAGACUGUGAGCACAUUGUUAUUAUCACAGAUAUCAGGCUUAUUCAUCGAGAUGACUGUCUGGACAGAAGUCUCUAUCCCUUAUUAACCAAGAAACAUUGGCUAUGGACUAAAAAGUGUUUUGUAUGCAAGAUGUACACAGCCAGGUGGGUAACCAAUGAAGACAGUCUUGCUCCUCAAGAGCCCUCAUUCUUUUGCGAUGUCUGUUUCCAAACACUCCAUUAUGAUGCAGAUGGGAACAAGUUGGGGGAGUUCCUUGCCUACCCAUAUGUUGAUCCAGGGAUUUUCAACUGAGACUUCUCAAAGAAGAAAGAAAAUCAAAUAGUAUGGUAUCAUCUACUUUAGUGCCUGCUGGAACAUGUAGCAUCCAAUACUGUGGUUAAGCAAUGGACAGCUUUUUUUCAGUGUUUGUACUUUAUGUUUAUACACACACACAUGCACACGCACAUACAUCUAUGUAUUCCAUUUUAUUAUUACAUCUUGAUCAAUGUCCUAAAUACAGUUGCUUACUGCAUUUCAGAGGCCAAUGAAAGCUGAACUCCUUUGCUUUACAGUGGUAUCAAAGUUCAGGCAUGUCAAAAAGUCACUUUCAGUCUCCCCCAGACUAUGUCCAUGGUCUGCUUCUAGGAGGCAGGAAAAAAGAUAUAGUCCUUUCCUCUGCUUCCUGAAGAAUUACUUGGAGGAGGAAAGACCAAUGAUCUGAAUGGUGUCCCUGCUUUGGCUUGGCAUCCUGGAACAGCGGCUCCUUAUUCAUCUUUGCAUUGAUUUAGAAGGAUGAGACAAAGCUUUUUUAAGGAUAUCAUUAUGUUUGUUUUUUAGUGCUUUGUUAAUAAAUGUUCUUCAUAUUUUA